UCGCGGUGGGUGACCGUGGGUCGGUCGUCGGUCGUUGCAUUUCUCUGUGGAGUGCUGUGCAGUGCAGGGUCUCUGCUCUGCUCUGGCACUCCGUGGGCUGGCUCGGUGCGGGCUGGGUUGGGUAGAGGCGUCUGUCAUUACUCGAGGAUCUUGAUGCUCUAGAUUGCAACUACUCGGCGACGCCUCGUGUUUCGUUUUGUCUCCUCGUCUCUCCGAGAGCCCUCGUUCCUGCGCACGCAGCUCGCCCCUUUUCUUCUCUCCUCGUCUCGUGUCUUCUCUUCUCGGGCGAUCAUUGACUUUCCUUCUGCCGGCAACGCUCUUGUGCUGAGAAUCUUUUGACCAAUUCCACAAAAUCAGCUGCGCCAUCCGAAAUUGGGGAACUUAUUUGGCUUCGACUGUUGCCUCCCUGUCUAUUCACCCGACGUCUUCUGAUUGAAUCCAAGGACUUAAGAUGUCCAAGAUGAAGUGGUCCAAAGGCCUUUUCGGGACUUCCGAAGACCCUCAUCGGAGAUACUGAAUGACAACGAGCUGUAUCGCUUACCGAAUAAUACUGAACAUACGAAAGUUGCCUAUUAAGAGAGGCCUGCUCAUGAGGCUCACUCGUCUUUGUGACCUACACAGUGCGUAACAGUGGGCCAAGAGGCUUCCCCAGGAAACUCAGCAACCCAGCCACACAAGGAGGAAUCUCGUAAUCGGCUAGCAGAGGAGGUUCUUUCUGAUUGCACAUAUGAGAUGGUCUGGAGGGAUUGAGGAUUUCGAUUGAGCGACCAGUUGUCGCUCAAUCGAAAUCUGGAAGCGAUCAGAAAUGAGCUUUGUGUUGUCGCCGACAACACAAAGCAUCGUUCUGAGCAUCGUUACUUUUGUGCACUUAUGUUAGCUGACGAGUUAGCUUGUUUACUGACGAGGAGAAGAAGUAAAUUUAUCACAUACUCUCUUUCGUUCUUCUAGAACGAUGGGGAGUUCACGCAAAUUACGAUUUCGACGAUCACUCAAAGAAAAUGCAGUGUCUCUGCCCCCUGCGGAUUCAGCCACUGCCGCGCUAAGGGUCAAUCGAUUAACCGACUCUAUAUACGAACUUUACAAGCCAGGAGUUGAGUCAUCGCUGGACAUUGUAUUCUUCCAUGGCCUACAAUUGUCACACACCUCUGAUGCUUAUAUCACGACAUGGAGGUCACGCGGUUCUCAGAAGGAAGUAUGGCCGAUGACCUGGCUCCCGGAAGUGUUUCCGAAGGCUCGGAUUCUCUCUGUCAAUUACGAUGCUUAUAUCAAGACAUCAGCAGAGCAUGGAAGAUUAGACCUCUACAACACAGCCGAAAGUUUGAUGGCAAAUCUUAGAAUUGCAAAAGUGGGACAGCAUCCAGUUAUACUUGUCGGUCACAGUUAUGGAGGUUUGGUGAUCAAACAAUUGUGCUACGAGGCGCACACGAGGCAAACCUUGAGGGGAGAAGAUGAUGAAUUUCUGCACUAUGUCAGAGGAGUUUUCUUCUAUGGAACGCCCCAUCGCGGAUCUUCAUUUUUAUCUAAUCCGAAUCGAAUACACCUGAGAGAUGCCAGCCCUCUAUUGGAGAUGGUGAAGGUGCUUUGCGCAGAAUCAGCUCGCCUUCAUGAAUGGUUUGAUGCUUUACGUCUGAUGCAUAAGUGGAGAAUUGCUGCAGUUGGAGAAUCGAGACUUACUACGAUUUUGACGCCAGAAGGGGAGUUUCAAAGUGAGCUCAUUGUAUGCGAGGCUUCAGCUCGGUAUGGGGAUUUUACUAUGGAGAUCGAGGAUCAUUUUUCUCUUUGCCAGCCCGAGAGCAGAUUUUCAAAUACUUACAUACGGUUGACAUCCUUCAUUGAGGAUAUAAAGCAGAUGAAAAGGAGACAUCGUGAGGAGAUGAAAACGAGAUUUCCUGAGAAGCAGAAGGAGCCAUUGCAAUUUGAGGUGCCGAGGUCCAGACAGUUAUUUAUGAGUCAUGCAUUUCCUUCUUCGACCCAACCGGAUCCAUCAGUGAGAGAAUGGAUAUCUGGAAGUGAUGGAAGUAAUGGAAGUGAUGGAAGUGAUGGAAGUAAUGGAAGUGAUGGAAGUGAUGGGCAGUUAUCUGAAGACAGAAGACAAUGUAAACAUAUGGAGGCAGUGUCACGACGCCCUGGAUGCAGCGGAAGUUGUACACGAUUGGGAUGAACGGUUGUGGGCGAAAUUGCAAGUGAGCUAUAACUCUUUGAAACCGAAGGAGAAAGAAAUAUUCCUUGAUGCAGCAACUUUCUUCAACAAUUCCACUUGGAAUUUGCGAGAAGCAAAAUCUUGCUGGCGUAUGGACUCGAAGAUGUACGAUGGAAGACUCUAGUAGAAAAGUGUCUCGUCUACAAUGUAAACGAAAAUGACAGUAUACAAAUGCAUGAGCAAAUGAGGUCUUUGGGAAUGAAAUUGGCUAUGGCAUGGGGAGAUAAUCGCAUGUGUAGAACUUGGAUUAAGAAGGAUGUUCGCUCGACGUCAUUGAACACUGCUAAGGAGUUUGAGGAGGUUAUAGCACUUCGACUUGAAGAUUCAAUGACCCUCAACUUGAAAAGUAUUGGCCAGAUGAAGAAGCUUCGAUAUUUGGAUUCCGAGAAGGAGUUGAUGUUGGAUGAAGUAGGUGGCGAGCUUUCAAAAACCGUCGUACUUCUUCGACUGCGUGGAAAGGUGAAUAGUCUUCAUGACCUAGUAGUUCGAGGUCGUGAAUGUUUAGCUGUUCUGAACUUGAAGGCACCGCUCACAUGUUUGCCAACACUCGUCAACGAGUUGCAAAACCUUGAAUUCCUGAAAUUCGAAGCGUGUCUCUUCGAAAGUCUUCCCGAAACUUUCGGACAACUUCCCAAGCUUCGUCAUCUGAUAUUCAGCAGUUGCAAGAAACUUCAUUCACUCCCCAAAUCUUUUGGACGGCUCUCAGAGUUGCGGUCUUUGAAACUCUAUGACUGUAAGUUUAGAGCAUUGCCGGAUUCGUUCGGCCAGCUCCCCCUUCUGGAGACUUUGAUCAUGUAUUCACUGCACAACCUUCAAAGGUUGCCUGAGGGUUUCGGAAAUCUGUCCCGGCUAGAAACGCUGGCAAUAAUAGAUGCGCAUAAUAUCUCAGAACUGCCUGAGAGCUUCUGCCAUCUCCCCCGCCUGGAUACUUUAAUCAUGUGUUCACUGCACAACCUUCAAAGGUUGCCUGAGGGUUUCGGAAAUCUAUCCCAGCUAGAAACGCUGUCAAUAGGACAUGCGCAUAAAAUCUCAGAACUGCCUGAGAGCUUCUGCCGUCUCCCCCGACUUGAGACUUUGAUCAUGUAUUCACUGCACAACCUUCAAAGGUUGCCUGAGGGUAUCAGAAAUCUGUCCCAGCUAAAACUGCAGUUAAUAAUAGAUGUGCUUAAUAUGGCAGAACCGCCUGACAGCUUCUGUCGUCCCGAUGGACUGCGAAAUCUGAAGUUUCGUAAUGUGCUUGGCAUCCAAGAAUUGCCUGGUAAUUUUAUGCAGUUUUCGAAUUUG